GCAACCGCGGAGGGGAAGAAGAGGAAAAAAAGAGACCCCAAGAAAGAGAGGGCGGAAGGAGUUUUCACCCUUCUCCGUUCUCUCUCUCCGAUCACCGGCGGUCAUCUUCGCUCCGGCGAGAUGGAUCCAGAGGUGGGGCUAUCCGCCUCCGUUUCUUCCGUGGAUCUUUCCUCCAUGCCGCCGCCGUCGUCUGGCGUCGAUUCCCCGCCUAUCUUCGGAUCUCCUGAAGAAACCGUCGUUGUGGACCUCCCUCAGUUUUCUCCGUCCGAUGAUGAUCUCGAGCACGAGAGAAACGGCGGAGAGGACCACAAUCAGGAUCAAGGCGAUCAAUCCGUCGCGGCCGGCGUUCUCACCGACGACUUGAAACGAAAAAUCAUCAGGCAGGUUGAAUACUACUUUAGUGAUGAGAAUUUACCCACAGACAAGUAUCUUUUGAAUGCCAUGAAGAGAAACAAAGAAGGUUAUGUUCCUAUAACUACAAUUGCUACUUUUCGGAAAAUGAAGAAGCUUACUCGAGAUAUUGCUCUGAUAGUAUCAGCUUUAAAGGAAUCGUCAUUACUUGUUGUUAGUUCGGAUGGGAAGAAGGUGAAGCGUCUUAAUCCUCUUCCUGAGGUCAAGGAUCCAAAGUUGUUCACCGUUGUGGUAGAAAACUUACCGGAGGAUCAUUCAGAGGAGAACAUACGCAAGAUAUUCCGUGAAGCUGGAAAAAUAAAAAGUGUGUCUGUAUGUGAUCCAAAUGCUGCUGAGGAAUUAGAGAAGGGUGUUAAGAAGGAGAAAAUGAUCAGCACCAGGUUGCAUGCCUUUGUAGAAUAUGAAACGGUGGAGGCAGCUGAGAAAGCAGCUGCUACACUGAAUAAUGAACAAGACUGGAGAAACGGGUUGCGGGUUAGGCUUCUCAAACAGGCACAGGGGAAGUAUGGACAAAGAAGACAGGUUCGGAGGGAAACUGAGACUGAAAGUAACGGAACUGGCCGGGUUCAUGAGCAUAACACUGGGGAAGAGGAGCACAAGAAGGCAAAUGAACAUCAUCAACAUCACCGCCAACAUCACUCUGAUACCAAUGAUGAAGAUGAAGGGGGACAUCAGCAUCAUCAAAAGGAUAAAAAUGGGGGCAGAGGCCGAGGUCGUGGGAGGAAUAGGCGGCAAAACUACCACCACGGCAAUAACGGCACCGGCCAUGGAACAGCACAAUCAUCAUCGUCAUCGUCUGGCCAUCAUCCUGCAGGGGGGGAGUUCACAAAGCCGCCACCUGGGCCAAGAAUGCCGGACGGGACAAGAGGGUUCACUAUGGGACGUGGCCGUCCUACUCCUUAACUACCCAUUCAUCUUUUUUGUUUCCUUCAAAUUCUGUAUGAAAAUGUGGUGUGUGUGUUUGCUGGCUGCUUCAUAACAUUUUCUGACGUGUGUGGUGCUUGUUUGUAUUUUUGGGCAAUCUUUGCUGCGUGGUGAUUCGGUUAUAUGUUUCCUUUUCUGGUUCGUCAUCUUAACUCUAUUAUCGCA